AAUCCUUACCUGUUGCAAAUCAAAGAGACAAAGGACAUAGAUUUGAUGAAGAAAAUUUGUUGGGCAGCCGACUUCAUGCUUACCGCUUCAAUAAACCGAUAUCAAGAGAUCUCUGAGGACGAUGUUUCUCCGGCUCUAACACCAACCUUCAGCACUCUCCUAGCAUCGUUACAACCCCAUCGCGCCCUAGCCCCUGCACCAGUUCAUCCCCCUCGUGAAUUAUUCAAGAACCAGCCAAUGGAAGUGACAAUUAUUUUAUUACCACUGUAUGAAUUUCUUCGAGGGAACGUACUGUUCUCGUCGGUGUUUUUAAUCUCCAACGAGCCUGACCGCACAGUGUCUUCUCCGUCGUCGACUCUACUGACUCCAUCGUCUUAUCUAUUGACUCAUGCCACCUCGACCUUACAACAGCGCUCUGUGGCUUAUGAAAAUUUGUGCAUCAACUGUCUUCUUGCUCUCGUAGAAACCGACACCGUCUUGGUGGUGCUCUCGAAGCCCAAUGAUUAA